AUGACGUUACGCUUCAAUGAUGCAUUUUUGUUGUUCGUUGCCGCUUCCUCUUUGCUAAGAGCUGUAGCGCAGGACCCAUUCACGUUUUGCAAAGACGACGGCUGUGGCGACUGCCCUGUCUCUAUAACUAGUAUUGGGACAGGGUAUCCCGACUGUGCAAUCUACAAUUCAGUAGAUGUUUUUGGUAAUCAAGGCUUCGACGAGGAGAAAAACUUCAUUAACGCUUUCCUUGACGUUCCUCAACAGGACGAAUCACAGCCAUGCUUUAUCAUCUUUAAAUCACCCGCUGACCUUCAGCAGCCUGGCUGUGGAGAAAUCCAGAAGACCUUCCAGGAUGCUACCUGUGGCGAUAUCAAGUUGGACACAACUUUUAUGGUGCAAUUCUGUUGUGGUAAUGGGGACUGUGCAGCAGCUGGGAUCCCCGGACUACCUAGUACGCGCAGUAUAUCUCAAUCAGCUAAGUUCGAUCGCAGUAUGCUCGCCGCGCUGGCGUCCAGCGGUGGUGGCGGCCUGAAAAGUCUCCGUAUUGCCAUUAAUGGUACCGAGAUUCAGCCGGCAUAUGUAGGAUCCCCUCCUGUCACAGAUUCUAUUAGUGAAUCUUUUAUUAAAAAACCUAUGCUGGCGAGGCGGAAUGGGGUUUGUGCUGGUGAUUGGGUACCAGUUGCCGGAAAAGAAGACUAUACUAGACCUGCAGACAGGCCUCAAAUCGUCUCUAGUGUUUACACGGGGCCAUUCGUUGUUCAGAUAACACAGACUCGUACCCAGGAAUGGAGCAUGACUAUCGAGGCUUCUCUCGGCUUUGAAGAUGUGGUUUCCUUGGGGAUUAGCUUUUCAUCGACAUUUUCUGAGUCGGUUUCUAACUCCGAGGCGGCACAAUUCACUAUUGCUGAAGGUGAAAAAGGAUACGUGGCCUGGAAUUCCUUCGUUCGAUGCUCGGAAGGUACUGGAACCUGCAAUGAUGAACAGAUCUCAGGAGAGGUUUGUACCCCUUACCUGGAUGCGAAUAGUGGUAAGCUUGCCGGUGAAUAUACACUUGUCGAGCAAGGCUGA